CUCUGCCCUCCAUCCCUGUGAAAACUAACCCCCUGAACUGUGGAGGAGACCGUGCUCCCGCUCCGGGGCUCUGCACUGCACCGCAGCCCUUCGCUUUCACGCGCUGUCGCUUUAAGAAGCCUCUGGCUGCGCAGAGGCGCAACAGCAGCGCGUCACAUGAUUCUUCUCUUGUGACAGUCCAGACAGAGCAAAAGCCCUUCCGACUUCCAGCGGACUUAAAAGGUGCUGCGAUGACACACGACUGUAGUUUUCGUAUCAAAGGACCGACUGCGAGGACGCGAAUGGCGUUAAGUUAACCACUGCCAGCGCGACUCGGACCGUUCCCGUCUCUGGGUAAAGAUUUCGGGGGGUUGUUGCGCCGCCGGGGACGAAGUUGGCGCAUGGAGAGGGACGAAGUUUCAUUUUUGCGCAGCGUCUUUUCUUUGUUUUCGUUGCUUUCGUCGCCGCCGCGCGUCGGCCCGCGUCGCUCGGCUCCCGGGCACAGCGGCACAAAGUAGCCGGAGUUCAGUGUUCUUGACCCGUCGCGUUGCCGAGGACGAGCUCAGGUUGAGGGCAGCGGACAAGAGGCAGCUCGGAGGGCGAGAUGGUGGACAGCAAACCCCUUCUCCAGGACAGACCCCCCGCCUACAACGCCGUCCCGGGGGCUUAUGAGUACGGCCCGCCGCCGCAGCAGGGCUAUGGGGCCAUCCCGCCUCCGGCCCCGCCGCCCUACCCGUACCCCGACGUCCAAGGAUACCCAUCGGCCCAAAUGAGCCCUGCCGUAUCCCAGCAGCCCUACGCUGGGAGUUACACCAUCAUCCAACCCUCUGUAGUGGUGGUGGGAGGCUGCCCUGCCUGCAGAGUUGGGGUCCUGGAGGAUGACUUCACUUGCCUGGGGAUCCUGUGUGCCAUCUUCUUCUUCCCCCUCGGUAUCCUCUUCUGCUUCGCCCUGCGUCAGAGAAGGUGUCCCAACUGUGGCGCCAGCUUUGGCUAGAGGGACCAAAUCACAGAUCUCGCACGCACAAACACACACGCUCAUAUAAUCCAGCAUUUUGGGGCUUUUUUUGUUAUCAUUCUUAAUAUUGCACAUUGCUGUUGCUAUUAUAUUAUGUAAAAAAAAAAGAGCGAUCGAGAUAUUACCACGAAUCAUGGUGCGGGUUUUUAGCAAAGGCUAUUGUAGAUCUCUAUUUUCAUCUGCUAGCCGAGCAUGUAGUCUAGCAUAUGUAAGCGUCCAGCUGUUGUCAGUGCCUUUCGCUACAUGCAGAGUGAGCAACAGAGAUUCCAUCAUUUAUGAUUUCUUCAGCAGAUUUAGCUCAGUAAACCAAGGAUCUGAGCAGAUUCCUUUGUGUUUUCAUUAGUCAGAAUAACAAGACUGAGGUUUUUCUUUUUUCUUUCAUGCUGGCUCACUGCAUACAUAUUUUUUGGUUAACAUUGUGCUUAGUAACGGCACCCAAUGUUGAUCACUGACGUAUUAGCUUUUUCAGGAAAAAACAAACUUAAAAAAAAUAAGUUUGUUCUUCUUUUGGCUGUCUGCUGAUUAUGACAUGGAAUAGCCGAUGAAAAAAAAUAUAUAUUUGUGAAGAUCCCGAACAUGAACUGUCCCGUCUGAAACAGUGGACUUGUGUCCGAGGGAAAGCCCACAGCCUUUUGUCUGUUUUUGUUGAUACGAUAUUUCUUGGGGCCAUAAUUGCACUGACUGUUUUGUUUGAUGAUGAUGAUGAUGAUGAUUCUGCUGGGUUGUGAUUUUCCAGGGCCAAUGCAGACCUCAGGUACACACAAUCUGAAACGCCCUCGACUUUUACAACCUCAAUCACUGUUUGAUUUCGGACUUCUGCCUACUAUAAGAGAAACUCUUGUCAGCACGCGUGUACGUCUUUUCAUGUGCAGAGCUUCACUUCGAGGAAGCAUGCUGACGGCAAAAGCUGAAGAAAUCUCUCAAUUUGAAUAAUCUUUGGAUUUUUAAUUUUAGUACUCUACUCUGUGACAAGUCACCCCGCCCCAUUCUUCCCAGCCAGACAAUCAAGAAUGUCUAUGUCCCUGUAUCUGCAGUAUCUCCAUGUCCAUGUCUUCCAUCACAGCCAGAUGUCAUGUAACUGUCCAUGGCAGAAGAAAGGGGAUGUAGCUGGUGGGAGAGAGAAAAAUACAUUUUUAAAAAAUCUUGCUAUAAAUAAACACUACGCACGCUCUUAUGAUUGAGGUUCUUACUUUUUAUAUAUAAGUUACUGUAAUUAAAAAUGAAUGCUACUUAA